AUGGACGUUGACAUGCACGCGCACCGCCACCGGGGCAAGCGCUCCUCCUCCGCCGCUGCCGCCGCCGGCUCCCCGACCGCCAUGCAGUACCGCGGGGUGCGGCGCCGGCCGUGGGGCAGGUUCGCGGCCGAGAUCCGCGACCCCAUGUCCAAGGCGCGGCGCUGGCUGGGCACGUACGACACCGCCGAGCAGGCCGCGUGCGCCUACGACGUCGCCGCGCGCUUCAUGCGCGGCCCCAAGGCGCGCACCAACUUCCCCGUCACCCCCGCCGAGACCUUGCCGUCCGCGCCGGGCUACUGGCCGUGGGGUCAGCCGACGGCGCGUGCGCCGCAGGCGCCGCAUCUCAACACCUUCAUCCUCCACAACCUCAUGAGCUCCUCCCCGCACGGCUGCGUCCUGCUCCACCACGCCGGCCACGGCCACGUCCACGCCCGACCGGACCCCUCUUCCCCGACGGCCCCCAAUCCACCACCGCCGCCUCCUCCAGCCGCGCCGACCUCCCCUACCGUCACCGUGGCGUCGCUUCCUCCGGGAGCAGACGACGGCGACUGGGACUGGGCCGGCGUCCUGCAGGGGCGAGACCCGCCGGAGACGGGGCUGCUGGAGGACGUGGUGCACGGGUUCCACGCGAGCAGGCGGCACCGCGACCAGGUCUGCAUCGCCGAGCCCGCGUUGGAUUGGACGCCGCGGCAGGAGGCGUUCGGCGGCCUGUCCGAGGACAGCUACGAGGGCGACUUCCCAAUGGUGUCGCAGGGGCUCCUGGAGGACGUCAUCCAGUACCCGGCGUUCAUGCAUGUCGUGGCAGCGCCGUCCACCAUGGGCGGCAGCCGCUGGCCCUGA